CAUCCCUCUCUAAAACAUGGCUCCAACUAGCUCCGAACAAAACACAGCCGGCUGACUUCCUGUCGUCUGAACGCUGACACUCGUCUGCAAACAUCGGAGGAUGGACAUGCACACGCACGCGACCUCGCCGUAUGUCGCUGAUUGAUGAACGUUGACGCAGUUUAUCAUGCGUCGGGGCGGAAUGCAUCGUUAGCUCCGCGCUAACUAGCUAGCUGUCAAAUGCUACAAGUGGUGAGGGGCAGUCAGAAGAGGAGGCUAGCUCUGGCCUUGAUGACCUUUAUUGCUUCAUCCAUGGGUUUUUGAAACCCAUUUCCAGUGGGAACCAGCGAGUUGAGUGUAGCAGAAAACUGUGCAACGCUGAACAAGCACCUGGACGUUCACCAUGGAUUGGUUGAUACACACAGUUGAGAAAGACUUGGGUGUUGACAAGCGGCAGCAGGGCCCCGGACCCCGUCCUCAGGAACUUGUAGCCCUUGUUCCUGUGCGCUGGGUGACGGGCCUGAGGGAGAGGAGGUUAAUGCGCUGUGCUCGCUUUGACAGCGUCAGUGAGGCAGAAAUUCGCACAUACCUUCAGUCCUCCCAAGCAAAGUUGCCCCAAGGAUGGACUCGAGUGUGUAUCCAGGGUGUGAGGAAGAGCAAGCUGAGCUACAGACUCGGCAGGGACCCGUUCCACCAGCAGAUGGAAUUGCUGUCACAGGGUUCCUAUGUGAAAACCAUGCAGUGUGUGUCACAGCAUAAUGUCAGGAAUCUAUGGCGUGAAAUGCACCAAAAACUUGUGCAGACAUAUGCAGGAGCCAGUGAGCAGAUGCACGUCGCUGCUGUCGAUGCAGUGCGUCAUGCGUUACAGAAACUCUUUAAUUCUACGUUCAUCUCAUCCGACAGAGCGUCACCAUCUCUCUCUCCAGCCAGAGAGAAAGAGAAGGAAAGCUACCUGCCGUCUGGUUCGUCAUGCUUCUCCAAGUCACAGUCUGACCAGCUAUGUCCUAAUGUUCUGCCUGCAGAGUGUCUGCUGGAGACAGCAGAAAUGCUGUAUGUGAUUCUUCCUUACACUCAGUAUUCCCUACACGACAUUGUUUCUUUCAGCCCAGCCAAGCUUGCUAACAGCCAUGCCAAAGUGUUGUUCAUUCUUUACCAGCUCCUAACAGCUCUGCAGGCAUGUCAUGCAGCUGGCCUGUCAUGUGGAGAGCUGUCUCUUCAGGACAUAGCAGUUGACGAACAACUCUGCAGCCGUCUUAAGAUCAAUCUUACACAUUAUGAGGAACUCGGGAUGGACAGUAAUGCAGCAAGUGGCAGACAAGAGCCAAAAAGAAUGUUGCCGAGUGAAAAGGCCUGUGUAAGCCAAGAGAACAAGAGACUGUGCAACGACUGCUUCGGCGAGCUGAAGACACUCGUUCUGGAUUGGGUCCAUGGGCGUGUCAGCAACUUUCGCUACUUGAUGGAACUGAACAGGUUAGCAGGACGGAGAGAAGGUGACCCGAAUUAUCACCCGGUGCUGCCGUGGGUGGUGGAUUUUACUGUGCCAUUUGGAAAGUUUCGGGACCUCAGGAGGUCAAAGUUUAGGCUCAACAAGGGAGACAAGCAGUUGGACUUUACAUACGAGAUGACCAAAGAGGCUUUGGCAGCAGCAGCGGGAAACGGCGUUGGUGGAGGUGGUGUAAGUGGAGACCUUGGUGGCUGUGGAGGUUCUGGCAGUUCAGGGCAGUCUGACCACCUUCACGUACCUCAUCACAUAUCUGACGUGCUUUCAGACAUCACCUACUAUGUCUACAAAGCCAGACAGACGCCCAAAUCAGUUCUGUGCAGCCAUGUAAGAUCCCAGUGGGAGCCCAAUGAAUACCCAGCCAGUAUGGAGCGCAUGCAGAGCUGGACCCCUGACGAGUGCAUUCCAGAGUUCUACACAGAUCCCUCCAUUUUUCGCUCCAUCCACCCUGACAUGCCAGACCUGGAUGUGCCUUCUUGGUGCAAGUCUUGUGAAGAGUUUAUUGAGGUGCAUCGCCGCCUUCUGGAGAGCAGAGAGGUAUCCCAGCAUUUGCAUCAAUGGAUAGACCUCACAUUUGGCUAUAAGCUGUCUGGGAAAGAAGCUGUCAAGGCCAAGAAUGUGUGCCUGCAUCUUGUGGACAACCACACCAAUCUCACUAGCUAUGGUGUAGUUCAGCUGUUUGACCAGCCUCACCCACCCCGCCUGUCACCGACCCAGUAUGCCCCAGCAGAACCUCCUUUCCUUGGUCUUGCUGCUGUUAAUGUGCCUUCUCUCCAAAUCCCUCCAAUCGACACCGUGACUGACACUGUGGAUGGAAUGGUGCCAGAGUCCACAGGCUGCGAGUCCAGCAGCUGGACUAUGGUGGACAGAGAUGAAGAACUUGAGCAAGGAACUGAAGCCCUGGACUCAUUAGCGACCACUGGCUCAUCCACUACUGCAUCUUGCUCUGUACCACUUCCCAGCAUCAGUACCAUGGAAGGAAAAGCAGGAGGCGAGCACACGGCACUUAUUGUAUCACAGUCUCCAAGUUCAUUUCCUGGUGACUUCACAAGUGGCGUGGGACCUAGUUUACGAAGUGCCAUGUUACAAAGAAGUGGACCAGUGAACAAAAAGCAUGUGGAAGGCCAUGUGACUGCCACCAAUGCAGAGGAAAUUAAGAUCACUCUCCCUGAAGGUUUCAACCCGCUGCAGCCUUUGGAGGAGCUGGAGAAGCUGAACAAUUUCUUGGUGAAAUGUCUUCAUGCUGAAGUUGGGCAUUCUGUAGUUUCUACUGGCAGUACAAGAGGGGGCCUGAUAAAUGAGUCUUUACCCUCUCUCACACAACUCUACCAAAGAGACAUGCAGGCCUUUGGCGUUCUCAUCGCUGAGAUAUUUUACUCUGCUAAACUGAGAGGAUUGAAGCCAAGCGCCCCACUCCGACAGCGUUUCCAAGCUGUCAUGAAGCUAUGCUCUGCCAGUCUCCGUGAUGUGCCACUGUCUUUGCACCAUGCUCUCGAGACGCUUCUGUUCAUAGAGAAGAACUCUGAAGUAGCGCAAACAGAAUUUCCAGAUUGCCCCAGUCCCCUUCUUUUUAAAUAUGAUCCCAUCUGUGAUGGUCUCCCUCCCCCAAACCCCCACCAGCUGUUGAACUCCUUCAUCACCCCCUUCCCUUUUCCUCCUUUUUUUGCGGCUCUCCAUCGCUUUAUCUUUUCCUACCAUACCAAGAUGGGAACGAUGGGUUGUCUUCAAGGAAGGGACGUUGUCUUUCACCUGUGGCAGCAGCUGGAAGCACUGCUGCAGAGUGACAUAACUGCAGAGGGCCUUGAAAUUCUCUUGCCCUUCAUUCUCGCACUCAUGCUUGAGGAGUCAACAGCUGUUUAUGCAGCCUGGUACCUUUUUGAGCCCAUUUCCAAAGUACUUGGCCCCAGAAAUGCCAAUAAGUACUUACUGAAGCCAUUAAUCAACGUGUAUGAAAACCCUCACUGCCUUCGGGGUCGCUUCUAUCUUUAUACGGACUGUUUCAUCCUGCAGCUGAUUGUGAGGCUCGGCCUGCAGGCCUUCCUCUCCAACCUCCUCCCCCAUGUGCUGCAGGUCAUCACAGGCUUUGAACGCAGUGUCACAGAUUCUGCGGGCGAAUCUUUGAAAGGUAUUCGGUCUGGCAUGUGUAAUCUGGGGGAGGAGGAGGAAGAGGACUUUCAGUGUGGCGAGGUGCGGGCGUCAUCUGGGUCAGUUGGUGGGAGUAGUGGCGGAGCCAGUGGAGGAGUCGGGGUGGUAGGAGACAGUGGGCUGAUUAACUACUCUUCUGGCAUCAGUCUGAACGAUCAAGUGUUCCUGUCCGAGACCGAGGACUUUCAGAACGGGUUCUGUGUCAACAAUGGAGCAGGAGUGACUGCUGGGAAGCAGUCCAGCCAAAACUCUGCAGCCAAGGAUCAAGACCAGGAGUCUUUAAGUGUCGGGAAGCUAAGUGACAAAAGCAGCACAAGUGAACUGUCUCUAGGUGACGAUUCAAUGCGGGAUCGAGCCAGUCUGAAAUCAGCCGACAGCAGCCAGGACCUGAAACACGCCAGUGAAGGAGAGGAGGGAGCAGAGCUGGAGGAAGAGGAGGUGACCGAAACUAAUGAGGACAAAGAGAGGAUGGGUGACCCAGCUGCUCUCAACCUUGAGCUCUCGCUUUCGGGUUGCACUGAAACAUCAGUGGGCACGGUUGCAACUCUGGAGGGUGAAUUUGUGAAUGGGCUGACACUGGAGGAGACCGAGAAAGGGAUUGUUGGUGGACAGGAAGAGGAUGACCACGAUCCAUCAGAGUCUGAGGAGAAAGAGCAUAAGAUUCUUUUAGAUACAGUCUGCAAAACAGUCCGAUGGCUUUCAGCAAAACUUGGACCAACAGUGACGGCACGAUACGUAGCCAGAAACUUGCUCCGACUGCUCACAAAUUGUUACAUUGGACUUGAAAACCACCAGUUUGUGGCACCUGUUACUGAGGAGAGCAGCUUGGAGGGUGUAGGAAUGGGCAGUGUUUAUGAGAAGAAACCUGUGGUUGGUGACCACACAGCUGGACCUGUGCUGGACUGUCUCAUCUACAUCGCUCAGCUGUAUGGCGAGCCCGUGCUCACCUACCAGUAUCUGCCUUACAUCGGAUAUCUGGUGUCUCCACCGUCAUCACAGCGUCUUAACACACGAAAAGAAGCAAGUCUGCUCGGAGCUGUCGCACUUACACAGAAGAUCAUCGUCUUUCUGUCGGACACCACUCUAAUGGACAUGCUUAUGAAGAUCAAUCAGGAUGUUCUUCUGCCUCUGCUGGACCUGCUUACCACUCCCUGUAUGGGGUUUCCCAGCGGAGUACAAACACGCACUGCCGUCUGUCUGAAGACUCUCAGCCUAAUGGCUCUCAUCUGUCUGCGCAUCGGGAGGGAGAUGGUGCAACAGCAUAUGGCUGACACGCUGAGUCGCUUCUUCGCCAUUUUUUCUCUGCUGCAUUGCCUGCAGCCUCAGCUGGAAGCUGCUCCUCGCAGAAUUGUGGGAGAAGUGACAGUGGUGGAUGUCUGUACACCCAAGGAGCCCAAUGUGACGUAUGAGUUGGGGGUUUUGGAGGAGUUGCAGACUGUUUUCAACCCCGAGAUGGCCCAUGCCUCCUAUAUUCCUUUCUACUGCCUCAUAGGUGACGCAGCAAUUCGAAAGCUGGUCCCCAAUCACGAGCUGGUCUGGCAGUUGGCCCAGUCCUAUCAUCAGAGCGUGAGUCACAGGGGUGCAGAGACCAACCCCACUUCUACAUCCAGAUCGGACGCUCAUCCGUCCUCGAGACGAGCAGGUUACAGCCCGUUCCCCGCGCCCUCGACAAGCUCCACCUCUGUGGGAGACUCCCUUCCUGAGUCGGGAACAUUUGGGAGUCACCUUGUAGGAAAUCGCAUCCAGGUGUCUCAAGACGCUGACUAUGGUGGAAGCUCCAGCGUUGGCUUGGCCAGCUCGUGGGGGCGCUCCAGCCACACCACCCCUAACAUCACCGCUUCGUCCACCUUCACCACUCCAUCCAGUGGCACGCCGUCGUUUGCUUCGUCCUGGGUGACGGGCCCCGCCCCCGAGGACAGCGCCCUGAAGCAGGAGCUCCCUCGAAGCAGCCGCUCCCUGCAGGGAAACUGGCUGGCAUACUGGCAGUACGAGAUCGGACUCAACCAGCAAGAUCCUCACUUCCACUUCCAUCAGAUCAGACUGCAGAGCUUCCCGGGUCACUCCAGCACAACCAAGUGCUUGGCGCCUCUGGCUGGAGAGGAUUACUUCCUGUCUGGAAGUAAAGACAAGACGGUGAAGCUGUGGCCUCUUUAUAAUCAUGGCGAUGGGACUCAAGAGGUGGAGCCCAGGCUCACGUACGCUGAGCAUCGAAAGUCGGUGUUCUACGUGGGACAGCUGGAGGCUUCUCAGGAGGUGGUCAGCUGUGACGGCACCGUGCACCUGUGGGACCAGUACACAGGAAAGCACAUUCGCUCGUAUGAAGCUGUAGAUGGGAAGAAUCCCAUCACGGCUGUCACCACGAUGCCAGCCCCACACAGCAGUGUUGUUUUUGGCAGUGCAGAUUCUGUUCUCCGCUUCAUUGAUCCCCGCAAACCUGGACUGCAGCACGAGUUUCGUCUGGCGUACAACAAUGUGAGCGCCGGACUCAUCCGGUAUUUGGCCGUGAGCCCAUCCGGACGCACCGUGGCCGCAGGUUUCUCCUCGGGCUUCAUUGUUCUGCUGGAUGCUCGCACGGGGCUCAUAUUGAGGGGCUGGCCGGCACAUGAGGGCGAUAUCCUCCAAAUGAAGGCGGCAGAAGGAAACCUGGUCAUCAGUUCCUCCACCGACUACUCUCUGACUGUGUGGAAAGACCUUGAACACAAGCCGCUUCGCCAGUACAAGUCCCAGUCUGACCCCAUCCAUGCCUUUGACCUUUACGGUUCGGAGAUCGUCACUGGAACCGUGGCCAAUAAAAUCGGGGUGUACUCCAUGGCCGACAUCUCCAUGAGCCCGAUCAGCAGCACCAAGCUGAGCUCGGAGAACUUCCGCGGCACUCUGACCAGCCUGGCGGUUCUGCCCACCAAAAGGCUGCUGCUGCUGGGCUCCGAGAACGGUGCCAUUAGGUUAUUAGCUUAGAUCAAUAGCUCUCAGCUGCACUGAGCACCCGUUCCACCAACCUUUCAAGUGUCUUAUUUGUGAAGCGCGCAGGAGUGUGAGCUCCCUGCCUCCUCUGAGCUCCGGGUCAGUCGUGCUGGCUGGGCAGGUUGGCCAUUCCUUUAAACUGCUCUCUGAGUGAGGCAGGCACAAGUUGUCCAGUCUCAGCAGUCUGGCUGCUGGAUCUGGAUCUGAGUGUGACACUCCACUGACUUUUUAUCAUGUACAUUGAAGCUCAAUCAGAAAGAAUCAAAAAGAAAAGAAAAGAAAAAAGAAUAUAGCUGUAUAGUAUAUAAUGGCAAAGUCUCAUUUUGACAAGGUCAUUUCUUCUUUUGACUAGGUCAGUCCGUCCUUUCAAACAUAUGAAUUGGAAGACACGCUCAGGAAGGUCUUAUGUAGUGUUUACACUUUUCCAAAUAGAUGCAUAACAAAACCAAAAAUACAUCGACCUCACCUUCCAUUUUCCUCAGUAGAAAACAUGCUUAUCCAAGUGCACUGAUCAAACUAUGCAGUAUUUGUAGAUGAAUUUUCCUGUUUGCGUUAAUCAUGUGCGAGUCGUGUCACAGUACUCUGUUUCUACUCCGUGAACAAUAAACGGACACCGGCUGCCGUGGCGACGGUCUCGGUGUAGCUUCUCGGACAGGAGACCCUUCGGUUGUUGUCACGCCUACAAGGUUAGUUGUCGAUGCACAGCCUUUAAUCUACUGCACAAGUAUGGCCUGAAUUGUAACCUUUAGAUUUGUCACUCGGAUUUUAAAAAGACUGAAUGUUUUUAUCCACUAAUAAAUUACUUGAAUUUGCUUCAGGACUUUCUAAACUGUGUUUAGGUACUCUUGAUUUAGCACUCAGAACCCGUAGCAGCGUUACCCUGGGAGUGGGUCUGGACCGGCCCUGGCUGGGUGUGUUGCUGCUCAAGCUCAAUCCUGACUCUGUGUAAGAAAGCUAACAUACAAACAUAGAAACAGUCGAUGCCAAGAUGAAGUUUCUUUUAAUCUUUCUAUGUAACUACAUACAAACAGAAUUUCUGACUCAAUAAACGUGGUUUCAACUGC